UAGUUCCAUCUUUUUGUGCAUGCAAGCAGGGUCAGGGAUCCUGUCAUCUGCACUCGGUAGGUACUUUACGCCUUCACAUCGCAAGAUGCAAGCUUGACCCGCUUCCUUGGCUGCGUGACCCAAUCCAACACUCAACGCUGGGUGAACCGCCAACUUCCCAAUUAACAGGAGCUUCGGGACCAGACAUUUAGUUGCGAUCGUUCAAACACUGGUGGUGACAACCAACAACAUCUUGCUGCACCAGUUGGGAGCUCAAUUUGGCCGACUUCCCCGCAUUCAACAUGGACGACGACGACUACGCAAGCUCGGAGAACGAGCAGGACGAGCUCAUGGAGGAGGCAGAGGACCUCCAGGCCGAGAACGAGGUUGAGGAGGACAACGAGGAGGAAGAGGAGGACCAGGACGAACAGGACGAGCCCGAGCCCGAACCCGAACUACAGGAAGGCGAACAGGAGGCCGACGCAGAAGCCGAGCCAUUCGACGACUCGCAAGCACCGGCCGGCGACAGUCAAGCAGCAACCGGGACAAACACCACGGCCGCACCCACGACACCGCUGACCGCAUCUCGAUGGCGCCCGGUCCUCCGCCAGGAGUACAUCGACGCCUCCAUCUACGACAUCGUACCCACCAUGGCCGCGCCCCAGGCGACGAGCAUCAACGCCAUGGCCAUUACUCCCGACCUCCGCUACUGGUUGACGGGCGGCUCCGACGGCUACAUCCGCAAGUACAACGGCAUGGACACCAUCAACGGGAAGCAGCCGCUCACCGUGGCGCAGCGGCACCCAUUCGUCGACAGCGUCGUGAAGGCCGGCGUCCUGAUGAGCUACUGGGAGAACGAGGAGCCGGCCCCGCCGAACGCGCGCCCCGAGGAUAGGAUCCUGUCGCCCGUCUACAGCCUGGCCGUGCACAGUGGCGCCCUGUGGCUCCUGAGCGGGCUCGAGAGCGGAGGCAUCAACCUGCAGAGCGUGCGCUACGACGAGGGCAAGAGGAUACACUGCCUACGCGACGGCGGACACACCAACGCCGUCAGCGUGCUGCGGCUGGCGCCCGACGAGAGGAGCGUACUCAGCGGCAGCUGGGACAAGACCGUGUUGGACUGGGAUUUGGAUACCGGCCACAUCAAACGCCGUUUUGAGGGCAUCGGAGGGCAGAUUUCGGCCAUUGAGUUGCGUCCGGCAAGCGGCGCACCCAUUCCGGCCGAGGCGGGCGAGGUCGAGCUCAAAAGCGACACUCUCUCUGCCGACACCCAGCCGCGAGUAAACGGCUUCUUCACCAACGGCGCGACUGACGGGGCGGCAGGGCCAGGGCACGCUAGCGGCAGCGGUGCUGAGGCGACCGGAGAUGCCCCUGGGUCGCCCGAGCAUGAAUCGCUCUUUGGCAGCCCCGCUGGGUCGCUCUUCGGUGACAACGACACAAUGGGUGGUGGUGGAGGCGGGGCUUUUGGAGACGAGGACGACGAGUUUUCCAGAGCCAUGGACAUGGAUCUCCAUGACCACUCAGGCGACUUCACCAUGGGCGACGCCGAAAUGUCAACCGCGCCAGCGUUAGACGUCGGCACCUCUGCCGCGGCAGACGCGCCUCCGCCCCCCCAAGACGGAGCCGCCCUUACCCAGACCGACUCGCACGGCGACGUCUCAAACAGCGACACGGUGACCAACGGCACCAUCCCUGACCAACCGAUGGACCUGAGCCAGGCCCCAACAGCCAGCGAAGCAACCCAGCAACAGCCCGUCCCCUCCGCUCCCGAACAACAGACACAACAACCCUCCGAACCCGCUCCCCAGCCUCCCGCCUCGCCCUCCAUGGUCUUCAACUCCGCGCCUCCCCCACCGCACGCCGACCCGACACAGACAUCAGCCAGCACGUUCCUCUCAGCCUCCAUCGACGGCACGAUCCGCAUCUGGGACCGGCGAGUGCCGAACCCAGUGGCGCGCAUCCACCCGCGGCGCGGCGUGCCGCCCUGGUGCAUGGGCGCGUGCUGGUCGCCUGACGGCAACUGGCUGUACGCGGGGCGGCGCAACGGCACGGUGGAGGAAUUCUCGCUGCACAAGGCGACCAGCGGCUGGCAGCCCGAGCGCGCGCUCAAGUUCCCCGCCGGCUCCGGCGCCAUCAGCUGCGUGCGGCCCAUGCCUAACGGCCGCCACCUCGUCUGCGCCUCGCACGACAUCCUGCGCCUGUACGACCUCCGCGAGACCUCCGCCUUCAAGCACAGCAAGGUGCCCUUCAUCAUCAUCCCCGGCCCCCCGCGCGCCGGCGUCACCGCCGACCUGUACAUCGAUCCCACCUCGCGCAUCAUGAUCUCCAUCGCGGGGACUAGGGGGUGGGAUGGUACGUCGACGGAGGUGAUGAUUGGGUAUGAGAUUACCGUUCCGCGGGAGGGCGGAAGGUAGGAGGUUGGCGCGGCGUCGGUGGAUGAAAGAAGGGUUCCGGGACUGGCUCUUGGAAAGGAUGCGGAUGAGUGUUGGACAGCGGUUCCAUUGCGAGGAGGAGGACGGCGCUGCGGCGGGUUUGCAGGCUGAUGGCUGCUUUACUGGGGCUUGAACACGGGUUGGCGAUGUAAAUAGGUUGGCGUUCAAAUACCCUGCUGGAAGUGGCGAAGGGGACAUGGCGUUUAGAGGAGCCACGGAGAAACUCUUGUUUAUACGAAGUAGCCAACCUUUGCGGUGACCAUGUCCACCGUCCCUGUGGUUCACACAGCACACACACACUUCACCCUGCACAGGAAAAGAGGAGCAAACACGAACGCAAUACUAACAUUUGCCAGCGCACCACCCUUACAAGGC